AUAAACAUGGGGUGCAGGAACCAGAACCUUGUACUAAAGAAUUUAAGGGGCACUGCCCCGCAUGCCUCUCCGCAAGCGAAGGGCACCAAACUAGCCGCGGAGUUAUUCCCGGUAAACAGAUGAACAAAACAUUCCAAUCUUCCCACCGAUCACCUCACCUAAUCGCCAAUUCUACCAUUGUGUGACACAUACACAAUGGCAUCCCAGCGGAUUCACCUCAUCGGACUUGGAAGCAUCGGGACCCUUAUCGCUCACUCGCUUCGCUCCCUCCCCGCGCCCCCGCCUAUGACCCUUCUGCUCCAUCGCGAGUCGGCAUACCACGGCUUUCUCUCUGCGGGGAGCAAGCUGCGUCUCCAAAUUGGCGAAGACGGACCAACACAAGAGAGUACCGGGUACGACGCCGAACUCCUACAGGGUGAAUCGCCCAUCCAUCACCUAAUUGUAGCGGUCAAGACGAGCGCAACCAUCCCUGCUCUCCGAUCGAUCCAGCACCGGCUCGGACGGCAUUCCGUUAUCUGUCUCUUCCAAAAUGGCCUAGGGCAGAUCGAAGAGCUCAAUGAGCGCCUAUUCACAGACCCGCUGACACGACUGACAUACAUGUUUGGCAUUAUGCGCCAUGGGGUCUACAUAAAAGCGCCGUUUGAAGCCGUGCUGGCGGGGCUGACCGGAUCAUGUGCUCUGGGGAUCGUCAACGAUGGCCAGCAGGCAUCCUCAUUAUCAUCUCCAUCAACAGCGUCCGCCCAAUCUCGAUUUCUCAUCGACCGGCUGGUCGAAGCACCGAUCGUCCGAUGUUCCGAAAUGCCGUGGAUGGAGCUCCACCAGGCCCAGCUGCUGAAACUGGCGACCAACUGUGUGGUCAAUCCAUUGACGGCACUGCUGGAUGUGCGGAACGGCUCGCUGUUAGCUAACCCCGAGCUGCAGGAGAUGCAACAUCAGCUUCUCCAGGAGAUCUCGCUGGUGUUCCGUCGUCUUCCGGAGCUUCAGGGUCUACCCGACGUGCAGGAACAAUUUUCCGUAGCCAGACUUGAGGAGCAAUUGAUCGGGAACAUUGAGAAGACGGCCAGUAAUUCCAGCAGUAUGCGGGAGGAUGUGCGAGCAGGUCGAGCCACGGAAAUUGCGUUCAUCAAUGGAUGGAUAGUGCGACGGGGCCAGCAACUGGGGCUGGAAUGUCCUACAAAUCGGUGCCUGACCCAGCUAAUCCUGGCUAAGACUAGCCAAGGACGCUAAGGCCGGCGAGAAAUUGGUGUGGAAAGGGGACACUGGGUCCAAAACAAAACAAGCAUAAGCCCCCAGCAGGCUGAAAUGGUCCACAGUCCGUUUUCAUUUUGCGGUAUCAGGGUUAGACCAGCAAUAGACAGUACACCGGUAGUCGCUAGAUGACUACUACUGUACUUCUCAUGAGCAUGCUAACUAGUACUAGUAUAUAUGUCUCGAGUA